AUGCCCCUCUUCACCGAACACGCAUCGAGUUGGCGCGAUCUUAGGGCCGUUUCAUGCUUCGCACCUGCCCUUCCUCGUUUAACCCCAGUGCUCGCGCCUGCAGAAGAUGAGGUCCAGCGUUACGAAGUAGUCAUUGUUGGGGCCGGACCUGCAGGCCUCAUGCUUCAUCUGCUUCUAGCGCGAUACGGCUUGACAGACAAGUCCUUGUUAUGUAUUGACUCGAAGCCCAGCACGCUCAAAUCCGGCCAGGCAGACGGUAUACAGCCUCGCACCCUGGAGGUCUUCAAGACAUUGGGUAUAUCAGAUGAAAUCGAGAACGAGGCCUGCCAGAUGUGGGAGUUCGCAUUCUGGAACGCCUCUGAGGACCCGGCCAAGGUGAUUGAGAGACGAUCCGUUGUGCCAGAGGUGAUUCCACCUGCGAGAUUCCCGUACGAGGCGACCAUCCACCAGGGACGCGUGGAGCGGAUCAUGGAGACGGAUCUCCUCCGAUACUCGCCGCGCGGGGUCUUGCGGAACACCAGGCUUGUGUCACUGCAGAUUGACGAGAGCACUGAUCCGGACUUUCCUGUGAUUGCUGAGAUUGAAGCCGACGGGGUGCCCCAAGUUGUUCGCACAAAGCACCUGGUCGGUGCAGACGGCGCGCACUCGGUGGUCCGCAAAUCGGUCGGCCUUUCAUUAGAGGGCCAGUCGCUCGAUCAUAUAUGGGGGGUUGUGGAUCUCAUUGUUGACACCAACUUUCCUGACAUUCGCAGGCGCUGCGCCAUCCACUCGCAUGCAGGGUCAGUUAUGGUCAUUCCCCGCGAACGAAUCAAUACUGGUGAGCACAUCACUCGACUGUAUGUCCACAUGCCUGGAGUUGUAGAGCCGGGAAGUGCUGGCACAGAUGCGGACCUUAAGAAAGACGCCAAGGGAAACCGAAGCAAGGUGACACUAGAAGGAAUCCUGAAGCAGGCCAAGGAUGUGUUUGAGCCAUACUACAUCAGGCCAAAGAGGGAUGAUGCGAUUGAUUGGUGGGCUGCGUACCAGAUUGGACAGCGAGUGUGUCCUGAGUUUAUCGUGAAGGACUCUAGCGGUCUUGGUCGGGUAUUUGUUGUCGGUGAUGCCUGCCAUACACAUAGUCCAAAGGCUGGCCAAGGCAUGAAUGUAUCCAUGAUGGACUCAUACAACCUCGCCUGGAAGCUCGCCUACCACAUAAAUGGGAUAACCCCUCUUUCAUCCACUCAAGGCAGCCCAAGCCCACUCCUCGACACGUACCACACAGAACGCCACGCAAACGCGCAACAGCUGAUCGACUUCGACCGCAAGUUCUCGAGCGGCUUCUCGGACAAGGUGGGCACGGCUGAAUCAAAAUCUGGACUCUCGCACGCAGAGUUUGUUGACCUGUUCAACACCGGGUGUGGCUUUACCAGCGGCUGCGGCGUAGAGUACGUCGAGAAUUUGGCGGUUGAUAGGUCCGUCGCAGACGGUAGCUGCCCCGUCAUCAGUGGCGAUGACUUUCUGUCUGGUAUCCUACGGCCAGGACGGCGCCUGCUGAAUGUCAAGAUGAAGCGUUUUGCGGAUGGGUGGCAUCGGGAUAUUCAGGAUGACCUCCCAUCAACCGGCCGCUUCCGCCUCGUCACCCUCCUAUCAACGGACCUCCUCGACCCAACUGGCAUCUCCGCAACAGCACUUACCAAAGCAACAGACCUUAUCAAGGAAUUUCCACCGUCACUCAUCGAACAAAUCAUCAUCUACCCCCGGCUUCCUGGCGAGAUAACAUGGGAAACUAUCCCUUCGUGCGUGAAGGAACAGGCGGAAAUGUCGUUUUACAAUGGUUACGAGCUUGAAGAUGUCUACCGCAUCUAUGGUGUUGAUCCCACAAAAGGCGCGAUGGUUGUUGUGAGACCGGAUGGAUAUGUUGGCACUGUUGCGGAGCUUGGAGAUUCGUCGAGGGUGGAGCGGUUUUUGGAGAGGAUUAUCAAGAGAGCUGGUUAG